GGACAGAGGGCGACACUGGCGUCCUCUCAAUCCGCCCACUUCUUGUGCCAAAGCAACGCACUCCAACCACGCCAUCAAGCGGAAGAAGAAGUGCAUAAAGUACAUGGAGACAGAGGGGGAUGAGAGUGGUGAGGUGGAAAAUCUAAUGUCGGACGACAAUUUGGGAAGUUGUGGGAGUGUAGAAGAUGCUAAAACACCCGAAGAUGACACCGAAUCGCUAUCACUUAGCUCACCUGGCUGCCUAUCGGGACUAUCGAGUUUGCAGAGUCCAGCAGCUAGUUUGGCCUCACCACUCACCCUAAUGGCCAGUCCAUGUCCCGCCGAUCAACAGCAACAACAGCAACAGCAGCAACAGGUACGAUGUAGUAGCACAAGAGCAACAUCACCGCGUCCCGAUGAUCCGAGUGCAGCCGUCCGGAGUCCAAUUGGUGCCAAUCCACGUGAUGCCAAUAAUCCAUUAUCUGUCAAUCAAUUGACAAAGAGAGAUUUUGCCGGUGCCACAAAGUAUGCAACCACCUAUGCACCAUACAGCACAUACAGUGGAGCAGCCGCCAUUGCUGCACCACAAUUUGCCGGAUCAAAUCACAGGGAUGCCACAGAUGAUGGUGCCAUUUCUGUCACCUAGCGCCAACUACAGCAAACCAAUCAUCUGCACAUCAUCAUCAUCUUUCUUCCCCCACCCCCACCCCUUUCCGGUUUUUAUCCUGUCAAUCUGUCAAAAGGAACAAUGGGAGGGGAUUGAGCCAGAGGGGGAAAGAUAAGCUUCUGUCAAGUGAAAAAGGGGCUACCAAGCGAGAUAGUUAAUGCCAAAAAAAUAGCCCCUUUUUUCCAUUCCCCAAAAAAGAAGAAGAAGAAAAAGAACAGUUACAAUGUGCAGGUGUUUGAUUGCCUGGAGCGUUUUUAAUUAUUUCUCUUGUUUUUUUUUUUUUUUUUUUGCUUUUUGACUUUUUUGACCCAUUGAACGAACAAAAUGUCAACAAAAAAAACUAUGCAACAAUUUUUUGUGCCAUGGGUUUUCGUUUGCCUAAGGUCUUAGGCCUUAGGCCUAUUUUGACCGAUAUCCUGUCCACUAAAAAACACUAAAAAGGAUCAAACUGUCAAUAACUUUAAAAAAAAAUACAUAAUAAUCAAUAAAUAACAGAAACGGACUACAACACACUUAAAAUCCACUACUAUUAGUGAAAAUAGCCAGACUACGGGUUCUCGUGCUGUCAAAGUUCAAAUUACAGUGCCAGCUUUGUAAUCCGGACGGAUCUUUUUUGUAGAAUUAGUAGUAAAUUUACAUAAUUUUUAUUCUGGAUUUAGAUUUCUUUAAAUUUUCCUGAUCUAAAAGGUUGUGCCGGAGCCAUAAAUAAUCAAAAUUAAAUUCUGUCCAGGCCACACCUUUUCGGGUCAGGAAAAUUUUAUUAAAUCAAAAUUCAGGUUCCUUUCUCAAAAGAUUUGCACAUGUCCAUCUCAUUCUUUUGCACUCCAAAUUCGAUUGAACUAUAUUGAAAUUUGUGUGCGACUUUUAAAAGAAGAAAGAAAGUCCGAAAGAGUCAUCAAUUCGAAAUUUGAAUCUCUUUUAUACCUAAAAAAAAAAUUACAUAACUCUAUCCAAGUCUUCGGAAUCAAAAUUCGAUUGAACUAAAUUGAAUUUGCUGUUUUUAGGAAAGAAAGAAAAAUUUUAUGAAGUUGUAAUUUGAAUUCUUUUCUUUCUUUAAAAGAUUUGCUAAAUUCAUUUAACAAAUUACUAUUGCGGAAUCAAAAUUGGAUAGAAACUAAAUUGAAUUAGCCCAGACGUUCAAAACAAAAAGAAGAAUCUUGAGUGGAAUAGACAAAUGCCAAGUUUUUUUUGAGAAGAAAAGAAAUAAAGAUUUCAUGUAGUCGAAAUUCGAAUCCCUUCCAAUUCGAAUUUUUUUCAUACUCUUCUUCUUCUUUUUAAACGUCACACAAAAAUAAAAUUUAGUUCAGUCGAAUUUUGAUUCCGAAAAAGUAAUUCGUUAAAUCAAUUUAGCAAAUCUUUUCAGGAAAGAAUGAGAUUCAAAUUACGACUUGAUGACUCUUUCGGGCCUUCCUUCUUCUUUUAAACGUCACACACAAAUUUCAAUUUAGCUCAAUCGAAUUUGGAGUGCGAAAGAAUGAGAUGGACAUGUGCAAAUCGUUUGAGAAAGAAAGGAAUCUGAAUUUUGAUUUUAUGAAAUUUUACUGACCCGAAAAGGUAUCCCCCGGAAGGGGCCGAAAUUAACUACUCAGACAGAAUUUAAUUUUGAUUCUUUAUGACUCUGGGCAUAACCUUUUAAAUCAGGAAAAUUUAAAGACAUCUAAAUUCAGAAUAAAACAGAUGAGAAUUUAUAUUUGAUGAAAUUUUCCUGAUCCAAAAAAAAAGUGUGUCAGAGCUAUAAAAAAUUAUUUGAGUGAAAUCAAAAUUGACAUUUUGAUUUUCCAUCCACAUCAUUUAGAUCAAAAUCCAGAUUUUGAUUAUAUCUCUCUCAAUUCUUUCACAUCUUCAAAUUAGAAGAGAUUUUUCUUGACUUAAAAGCUGUACUGAAGCCAUUACACUGAAAAUUAAUUUUGAAUUUUCAUUUAGAUCUAAAUUCCAGUUUUAAUUUUAUUUAAUCAAGCUAAAAUUGCAUUUUUAGCUUGAAAACAAUGUCCCCAUAAAUCCUACACAUUAAUCCAAAACCGAUUUUGAUUAGUUUUUUUUUUAAAGGGUAUUUUUUUCUUGUUUCCUGGUUUAAAAGGAAACACGGAACCUUUCGGUAUUGAUUAAAAAAUGUGAAUUUGAUAUAUACAGUGCCCGCUUCGUUAUCCGGAUGGAUUAAACAAGUUAGAAUUAGUAUAAAAGUUUUAGAAGAGAUUAAAAAAGACAUAAUUAGUGAAUUCUAUGCUAGAAAAUAUCACAGGAUAAUUCAUUUUCAUUACCGAACACACAUAGGUAACAUAACCCAAAAAUAAUUUUAAAUGUAACCGUCGAUAACUCAUCCAGAUUACGCCGAUCCGGAUUAGAGAGCGGACACUGUACAUCUAUUUCCUUAUUAAUUCAUUUUAAAAAAAUUUAAAAUUGAAAUGCACAGAUAUACUUAAAUGAAUCACUAAUAUAGUGAUUAGUAUGCAUAAAAAUACCAAAUAAUAUUUUGAUUCCAAUAUUUUCAAUUAAAUAUCGAACAAGUCUCUUAAAAUUCCAAUCCGGGGUGAUCUUCCCUCAACAAUUUAGAAUCCAAUGUGCAGAUAAUCUCAACAAAAAGCAAAUAAUUAUUUUCUCUAAUUUCGUGAGACUUCCACAAUAAUUCUAAUGACUCCGGCACACCUUUUAGAUCAGGAAAAUUUCAUGAAGUCGAAAUUCGAAUCCCUUUUUUUCUCACAUGUUUUCCAUAUGACUAUCUCAUUCUUUCGCACAGCAAAUUCGAUUGAGCUAAAUUGAAUUUGGAGUGAUGUUUGAAAGAAGAAGAAGAGUACAAUAGAAUGAGAUAGACAUAUUCAAAGAAUGUGAGAAGGAAAAGAAUUCGAAUUUCGACUUCAUGAAAUUUUCCUGAUCUAAAAAGUGUGCCGGAGCCAUAAAGACUCAAAAAUCCAUUUUCCCAUUAAGAUAAAUGGGGAAAUUAAUUAAUUUCUGAUAUUUGGUCUAUUAUUUCAAAUUAUAAAGAUUUUCUCGAGUUAACUUACAGUUUAUUAGUGCCACUUUCAUUAUUUUUACUCAAAAGUAUCGCAUUCGGGGCUCAUUUUUAAGAAAAAUAAUAUUGAACUGAAAAUUUCGUCUCCUGAAAAGUUGCCAAAAGGAAGUUACGAUAAAUGCUGAUUUAACUGACGAUAUAAAACUUCAUCUUGCAUACCAAAUUUUUAUAAUUCAAAAUUAAAUUAAUCAAAUUUAAAUUAAUCUAAAUUAAUUACAAUUAUUUGGAGUUCAUUAGCCGAGGAACAAUAAGUAUAGAAAAGAAUUAAAUUAAUCUUUGCAAAAUUAUUCAAUCCCUAUUUUUCUAUUAGGGGAAUAUUGUGAAGGUUCGUACUAAAAAAGGAAUCCAAGAUUUAAGAUUUUCUACUGAAUGCCACACAAAUCCAAUCAAUUAUAUCACUAUGUCAAAAAAAUCUCUUACUUAUUGGGUUCAUAAUUCUGCCUCACAAAAUUCCUGGAAGUCAUUGGAUUUUCCUCUACAGGAAAAUGAAAAUGUAGCUGCAUUUUUUACGAAGGUGUCCUGGUUAACUCAGCUUCGUACCACUUUUUCCCACCUCUGUAUGCCUAAUUUUCCCCGGAAACAUUACACCUGACACAAAAAAUUGGGCAUCACUAUUUAGAUGGAACUUUCAUCUACUUGUUUUCACCAUUUGUAGAAGGUAUCACGCAUUAAAAAAUGAAUUUUAAGCUAUUUUUCUAACACAUGUUUUUUGACACUCGGAAAACCAUUUUUGUGCUUCAUUCUGACAGCCAGUUAAGUGUGAUUCUCUCAUAAUCACACCUAUUGUAGUCCUCGGAUUUUCUCUAACACUUCCAAUUGGUCUUACGGAACAUAUUUCGGGCAUAACUGAUUUCGAAAAUUAGCAGCCACCAAUUUAAAGUGAAAUGUGGGAAAUUCCAUUUUAAAACAAAGAAAAUUUGAAUAAGAAAUGCACAAAAUGUACCGAAGUGGUAAUUAAUGAAUCACAUCUAUCAUAAGCAUAUUUAAGCUUACUGUUUGAUAUGUCAUUUAUUGACACAUUUGACAUUAGGAAAACAAAAAAACAUCUUGAAAAGUCCUAAUUUUUUGGGAAAGAGUGUGUUUUUUUCUUGAAAAAUGAUGAAUAUUUUACUAAUUUUUGUAAAUUGUUCUAAGAAAUUCUUGGAUUGGAUGAGUGAAAUAUCCUAGAGUGGCUUACAGGAUUUGAGGUGUGGCUCAAAACAUUGUGGUAGCCUCAGUGCCAGAGUCGGUAAUCGGAAUCUCGCUUAUUUCCUCUCGAUCCAACAUUAGAAACAACUUCUCCUGGGAUAAGAGAUAAUGAGAAAGGACAGAAAAAUGAAAGAUUGCUGGUAGGAAAAGGGUUUUCUUAAAGGUUUGCAAACCAGCGUGGUGUGUGAUCAUUGCAUUGUGAUUCUCAGAUUCCAUGAUCAAAGAUAGCAUCCUGAACUUCAAAGAGCUGCUCUAAUACGGGCUUCAGACCUAAGGCUUAGCCAUAAGGCUUAACUUCUCCAGAUUCUUGACAGUCGAAAAUUUUUAGAAAAUUUUGAUUUAGAAAUGGACUAUUAAGGGGAAUUAAUCCAUUUGAAUCAGAAGAACGAAUUAAAUUGGCUGCUAUUUAGGAUUUUGAGACCUUCGGAAACUAGGCUAAACCUCUAGUCUGAAGACGGUCUAAACUAAACCCUGAAAGUUAGGAGAAAAAUACUGAAUUGGAGGAACCAAAAGUAUUAAUGAUUAUUGAACCGAAAGUAACCUUGUAGAAGAGAUUGAAAAUACAGUUGGAUAAACUAUAUUCACGAAUCGAUCUUUCCCAAUGCUUUUUAGAGAAAUUUCGCUAGAAACAAGAAAUUCAAAUUUUAAGACGAGAAUAAUGCAUUUAAACAAGUUACUAAUUCCACCUGUGUCUCUUCAGAAACCAAUAGACCCAUGCCUGUCCAGCCUUCUUGUUUAUCUCCCAACUUUCCGGAACCUUCUGACUAACGCUGAUUGCAUAUUGGUAUGCCAGCUCUCGGGUUGCUUGUAGUGUAAGCCCAAAAUUGAGCUUGCAGGCGGCCAAUAGAUAAGCCACAAUGUUCUUUUCCUGGAUCAUGGUGAAAAUUUGCCGUGACGCAAAUUUGUUUAUCAUGUCCUUCUUCUUUAACCCCAUCAUUAGAGACACCUCCUGCGACUCCGGCAAUUGCUUUUUAACUAUUUGCAGCCUGGAAUACAAGGUGGUCUUUGGGAUUCCGAACAUCACGGAAGCAUCUUUGAUUCUCAGCCUGUUUGAUACAAUCUGCUGUAGAGCAACCUGCAUAACUUCCUCAUCUCUUUCACCUUUAAUUCUAUCGUAUUUUGUUCUUGAUUUUCCCAUAUUUUCGAAAUCAAAAGAUUUUUCACAGACAAUUUUUUUCACUAAUCCAAAACACAAUAUCCACUGUCAAAGAAAAAAGCAACAACAACAACAAAUGACGUAAUGUCAAUUUUGACAGAUUUUUUUUACGAAGCAACAAAAUUCAAUUUUCUAACCUGCAAAGGUGGUACAUUUUGUGAAUUUUCCUAAACCUACAAAAACGACCUCCUUCGAGCAAAAGAUUUUCACGGUAAAUAUUAACUGUGAUAAACCCUCUACAACGUAGAAUAGUUGUUUUUUUUUGAAAAGACACUUGAAGUGUGAAAAAAUGCAUAAAAUAUUUGACAUCAGAAUUACGAUUUUAGGCCCAUUCUUUACUUUUGCUUCUUGAACCCAGGACAAAAGUCCUAGGCUCCCAAGUUUGUCAGGAAAUGUGAGAUGUUGGACUAGCUUUGCGAAUAUAUGACUAUGGAUGAAAAUCAUUUAGUAACUUGGAAAAAAAUCAACUUUUACGAACCUGCGACGUUACGAAGGUGCAAAACCUUCCCCUACAAAUAUUUGACAAAUCUGAGUUGUCAACACUGUACCAGUCGGGUAAAAGUAUCUACGUCACUGGCAGUUAGAUUUGGCCCACCUUAUACUUAGAAAUAUCUUAAGGACUACCGGAUUAUCCAUUUAAAUUGAAUUAAAUUGAAAUUUCCGCAUUGUAGUGAAAUGGUGUCCAUUAUUUCUGUCCAUGAGGAACACUUCCAAAUCCUCGUGCCAAUAUUCUAAGAGAUCUUGCAUAUAACUAACUCAUUUCCUUUUUGGAAAGAACUCCCAGAUUUUGGUCCUUGAAGCGUCACUGCAAAUGACAUUUUGCAGUGCUGCCAACUGUCAAUGAGCACCCUUUCAAGGAAAAGUCACACUAAUGAGAAUUCCUGGCACAGAAGGGAAAGUUUUAUGUAUUAACACUUCGUAGAACCCUAACUAAAAGUGUCACAGAAGGACCAAGUGGCAGCCGCUGCCAUUUAUCGAAUUUUACAUAAUAUUUUGAUAUUUUUAAUUACAUUUUAACAUUCGGAGCUUUAGUCAGUUCUUUUCUGGUGUCUGAAUCAGAAAUUUCAUCUCCUUGGGUACUGUAUCUAAAGAUUUUUAACCAUUCGAUGUUUUCAUCUUUAUCAGAAUCAUGGCGUCAGGGAAAGUGGUGUGCCUUUUAAUACGGCAGCCUUUGAAUUUUUAAUUUUUCUCUUAUUUUUCAAAGGAAAAAUUCUACCUUAUGAACAACAGUUAAUACUAUUAACUAUUUUCUAUUAACUUCGCUUAACAAAAUGGAUUUUUAGCUUUGGCAAAUAAGAGAAAAAUUGAAGCAUUCUGAUUUUGACGCAUUUAAAGGUAUGUCACUUUUCCCUAUAUUUCAUCUCAAUAAUUAGCAAAAACACUUUCAAACUGUUCUUUUAGGGCUUUUAUACACUAACAAUCAAGAAAAUUACAUCUGCAGAACGUCAAACUCCCAUAUAAAGUGCAUAUGGCAGCAACUGCCACUUGGUCCUUCCGAGUGCAGUUUUUUGUUUUUGCAAUAUAUUUACAUUAAUAUUUAAUUUUUAUUAAAAAUUUUAUAACGAAAAAAUAGCUAGAUAAAUUCUGCACGCAUUCAAUCGGGUCUCCAGGAGAAAUGAUAUAUUCUUCACUAUAAAAAGUUAAAUUGAAAAUUAAAUUGGCAGCGGCUGCCACUAGGGUCCUUCCAAGUGUUAAAAUUGUUGCAUAGUGGCCAUUUUUUUGUUUUUUUUUUUUAAAUUUGUAUUUGUAAUGGAGAAAUGGAAAAGGAAGAGAAAGAAAAGAAAGAAAAAAAACAGAAGAAAUUACAAACAUAUAAAUUAAUAUAUGAUCUCGUUUUAUUGUGGGCGGGGCCUAUUAAUUAUCCCCAAACCCCACAAAUAUUAUUCGGAGUGCCACAAGAGAACACUGAGAAGAAUAGAUUUUUAAUUAAAAGAGAAAAAGAAAAAGAUAGAAAAGAAGAAAAUAGUAAAAAAAAAGAGAGAGAAAUUACAUGGAAAAAGAGAAACUUAAGAUGAAAGUGAACAGUGUUUUUGUUUUUUUUUUAUAUAUAAUUUUCGUUUAAAAAGAAAAAGAAAAAGAAAUUAUUAUUUUUUUUUGGAUAAUUACCUAGUGUGUAGAUCUUUUUUUUUUAGGAGAGAAAAAUGAUACAAUGGAAAAUAAAUGUCAGACCGCCAUUUUAAAAGGGGUAAUCGGUGACAUAUUUGACAGGAAGAGAGUUAGAAGAUGGCUGUCAGGUGUUACGCGCCCUCCGCACAAGUGCAAUAUGGUGGAAAUUUUAUUAUUAUUAUUAUUUUUUUUUUUUGGAGGAAGAAAAAUAAAAAGAAAAAAAGAAGAUGAAGAAUAUAUUUGAGAGUAAAUAUAAGGGAGGGGGAUGAGUGGCAAUUGAAUUGAAGGAGUGUAGCAAGGAGAGAAAGAGAUAGAGAAGGCCUAGGUGCUGUCCCACAGGAAUGUCACAUUUCGACGCCAUAUCUACCCGUGUCGAUCUGACAACUUUUCACUUUUCUUUCUGUUUUUUUUUUUUAUUGUUUUUUUUUUUUUUUUUGGUAAAACAAUUGUGGCCACAAGAUGGCGCGCGGACAGGGUGUCUAACGCAAAUAAAAAAAAGGCGAUAGAAGUUAUAGAAAGGAAAAAAAAACAGAAGAGAAAAAAAAGAAAAUAAAAAGAAUAGUAAGAAGAAGAAAAAAAAUCUAUAUAUAUUUAACGUGUAAAUGUAAGAAUUAAAUGGAUAGUUGUAAGCGAAGAAGAAUAUAUAAAAGAAGAAGAAGAAGAAGAUGGAGGAGAAAUAAAUAGAAAUGUAGGAUGUAAGAGAAGAGACUUUAGGAGAGAUGAGAACGUGAAUAAAGAUGAGAAAUAAUUCAG